AUGGCCGGCCCUUCAAACCCGAAAGCUCGGGAUGCCGAUACCAAGAAGCGCAAGAGAGACCCCAGCGACAAGGACGGCCAGACGAAGCGCCUUCGGCAGAAAGGGAGCAAACCUGCGAAGAACGGCGAGGAAGACGCGGGAGACCUUCGCGAAAAUGCCUUGAACGUGCUUUCUCAGCUCCAGAAGAACCUCACGGACGACCAGAUCGAGACCGAGCUCGUCAACCUGGGCAACUCGGACGUCCAAGCGACUGGAUGGCAGGUUUCCUCGCCAAUGGGUGGCCGGAUGGCUGAUAUCGACCCAAUCUUUGCUGAGAAGGAAAAGUACCUGAUUGUUACUUACAACACCUCUCUGCAAAUCUACUCGGUGGCCGAAUCCCUCCUCAUUCGAAGAAUCUCCCUCCCAGUGGUUCAGAACACAUACGCCGACAGGGCUUCGUCGCCGACGAUCGUUGCGACAUGCCUUUCGCAAACCAACACCGAUUUUGUCUGGGUCGCCUGCUCCGACGGCAGAAUCUGGCGGGUCAACUGGAAGAGGGGGACCAAGGUCAGCGAAGAGUUCCACACCAGGUCGGAGACUGCGCUCGACAUGACAGUCGCAACGAUUGAGGGGCAAAAGAGCAACACGGAGGUCGUCUAUGUGUCCGAGACGUCGAAGCAGAACAAGGGCGAGAUCGUCGCGUACUCUGGUCCCGACUUCACGCAGCCAGCCUCUGAAGUCCUCUUCACGACGAAGCAGCUCAACCGGGAGAUUCACCUGCUGCGCGCGAGCACGGACGGAAAGAUCAUUGUCGGCGCUACGAAGGAAGGUCUCAUUGUCGGAACGGUCAAGUCCGAGGCGUCCAACACAAACCUCGGCCUCGAAUCCGAAUUCUUCACAUUCGACUCCACGGACAUCAUCUGCUCCCUCGACAUCAGAGUCACGAACAAGAAAGACAGCGCCGCUGUUGUCGAUUUGGUUGCCGGAGGUGCUCGAGGUGCCAUCUACUACUACAACGAUGUGCUCAACAAGCUGCAAAACCUCAAUGUGCCCAAGUCGAAACGGGAUAGCAUCCAGGCACGCAAGUACCACUGGCACAGGAGAGCGGUUCACAGCGUGAAGUGGUCCAAGGAUGGUCAUUACAUGGUCUCCGGUGGCUCAGAGAAUGUCCUCGUCUUGUGGCAGAUGGACACUGGCAAGAUGAACCAUCUCCCUCAUCUGUCCGGAAGCAUCGAGAACGUGGUCGUGUCGCCUUCGGGAUCAUCCUACGCUAUCCACCUCGACGAUAACUCUGCCAUGGUCCUGUCUACUGCGGAGAUGGCGCCAACAACCUACAUCUCUGGUAUUCAGUCAGCUGCUCGCUUCACCUCGACUCCGAAAGACCUGCUCGUCAAGCGUGUGUGGUCGGUCGCUGAUGACGUGCGACACCCUGUGCCCGCCGCUUUGAACCCUGCAGAGCCAUCAAGACUGUACGUAUGCACAGGCACUGGCCAGCAGGCAAUGAUGGCCGGCGAUCUGCAAUCCGCUCCUCUGCUGCAGUCGUUCGAUAUGGAGUCUUUCAGAAGCAUCUCCAAGCAGGCCCUGGCCAGGACCCAGCCCACAGAUGUCAACAUCACCUCCAAGGGAAACCCAAUCUCUGAACCGCGGAUCACGCAUGUUGCGUUUUCGCCAGACGGCAAUUGGCUGGCCACAGUUGAUGACUGGCAGCCGCCGAAACGCGAUCUCGAAAAGAUUGCCCCUGAGGCUCGCGAGCAAUUCAUCAAGUCGAGGCGCGAGAUCUACCUCAAGUUCUGGGCUGUUGGCGAGGGUGACGAGCCCUUCGCUCUCUCUUCCAGGGUAAACAGCCCCCACGUCACCACUAGGCCCGAGACUGUCCUCGCCCUCACGGCAGACCACACGUCAAAUAGGUUCGCAACUCUUGGAGACGAUGGAGUGGCCAGGAUAUGGCACUCCAGGGUGAGGCAGCACGACGGCGUCACUUCCACAGGCAACUCCGGCGAGGCGUUGCAAUCCUGGUCGUGUGGUGUUGCUGUUGCUCUUGGAAGCAACAUCGGCGCCGACGCUCUCGCAAUCACUGGAGAGAACGCCAACGAGCGCAGCGGUAGCCUCUGUUUCUCAGAGGAUGGCUCCACCCUCUUCGUCGCUUUCGGCAAUCGGAACGACGGCACCGUCUACGUUAUCGACACUCACACUGGCGAGAUCAGAUUAACGUUGCAGAACAUGUGGAAGGGACACAUCCGCCGCCUGCAGGUUCUCUCCCCUCACGUCAUCACCCUCUCCGACGAUCUGAGGGUAUACGACGUCGUCGCCGACGAGCUGCAGUACGGCAUUCAGCUGCCCAGCGGGCGCAACGCCGCCGUGACCAAGGAGUUCAGCCACUUGGCCAUCGACCGCAGAUCGCGAACCUUCGCCGUCGUAGUACCAGGCGGCCAAGCCUCUCAACUCGCCGUCAUGAGACCAGAAGAGCCCGAGCUGCUCUGCGUGAAGCGCAUUCCCCAUCGCGUCACUAGCCUGGUUUCGACCGGCAGCUCCUCCGGCUUCGUCGCCGUCGACGACGCAGCGCAACUCUGGACCAUCGCCGAGGCAUCGGACCCCGGAUCCGUUGCUCUGUCGAGACCUUUGGAGGACAUGCAGCUCGACGGCGAGCCCACCGCGGAGGAUGCGAUUAUCGAAGACGAAGAGGAAGUCGAAGACGAGGAGAUGGCUGUCGACGGGGCAGAUGAGCCGAGUGAAGAGAUGGAUCUGGACGAUGACGACGACCAGCCUGCCGUUAUCAACCGGCAGCGUUUGGCGGAUUUGUUCGAUGCGGCGCCGGCAUUCGCAAUGCCGUCUGUCGAGGACAUGUUUUACAAGGUAACAGGGAUGCUGGCGACAACGCCGCUGCACGCCUCGUCAUAG